UGACGCACUUUCUCAAUGCCACCGACGAGAUGACGACGGUGGAUGAUCAAAGAGAAGCGUGGUGAAGAUCGAUCGAGAAGAUACAGGGGUUCUUUCCAGUCCUUCUCCGCGGGAACAUGUACAAUAACGAACUCAUGAAUUUUUUCAGGGCCAGUGAUCUGUUCGUCGACAGGAAUUCGCUCUUCCGGAAGCACAUGGACGCUACGAGGCCCAGAGAGCUUAGACGCUUCCUCGGAUAUAUGAAGUGCAGAGACACGAUUGUCACGGAAUGGCCGAUGAGGUUGCGAGAGAAGCCAACCCGGCGUGAAUUUGAGAUGCUCUACUGGUCUGGGCACCGGGGCUCCGGGAGGUAUAUUGAAUGGAGCCGAGCGGGUGGAUAAUGGAUCCUGAUACUUUUUUUUAUGCGGAUCAGACGAUAGGAGCUUUUCAGAGGAUCACGGAGCGAACUUUGCAGCGAGUCCAGGCCUGAAGAUCGUUGAGGGCAGCUAAUCAUACGAGAGAUCUCCUAUCCGCUGCAGUUUCAAGGCGUCCAGGCAGUCCCGCAAGGGGUUCUCGUCGUUUGCUCCAUCUCUCGUCGUUUUUCUAUCUUCUCUUUUUCUCUCUGCCAUUUUUUUCGUAAUAAAUAAUCGGACUCAUCAAUUGUUGUUCGUUCUCUCUCUUUUUUUCUUGGUUAUUUUUUCUCGCAGAAACUAACGCCACACUCCUUUAAACACUCUCCUUCAUAAUUCCCGUCAGAAGUGAUAAAUCAGAAAAGCCAGAAAGAAACAUCGUAAAGACCCAGUACUUAAUCGACCGGAUACGUCAGAGACAAUCCGCAUUUCCCCUCAUUUCCCUUUCGUCAAAUGCAGCCGUCGAGGUUCCGUUGCUAGAGUCGUCGUUAGGAUGCGUCUCUCUCCAUCUCUCCUUGCUGCAGCGUUCCUUGCCACGAAUGUGAAGGCCUUCUAUCCCUUCGAGUUCCAACUCGAACAGGAGAGCAGCGAGACCGAUGUUGAAGAUCUGGAGCGUCGAUUCUUUCCGUGGAAACUGGAGGAUGAUGAUGGCGGGACCACCACUGACAGUUCCACGACCCUGGAGCUCAAGAGAGUUCCUGGACCGUUCCGACGUGACAAUAAAUACAAGGUGAUCAUGGCGGAUACACCCUCCACCCCUAAUAGUGCGGCCCUCAACCAAGAUGGUCAGGACUUCUCUUAUUUCGCCGUGGCUGCUCUCGGGUCGAAGAAACAGACUAUGUGGUUACUGCUCGACACCGGUGGACAGAACUCUUGGGUCUUUGGGUCCGAUUGCACGUCCGACGCAUGUCAGCAACAUAACACCUUUGGUGCAGAAGACAGUCAGACCCUAAAGGUCUCGACUACCACAUGGGAUGUUGGAUAUGGCACCGGCGCUGUCAGCGGCGUGCUCGCAAGUGACACCAUCUCCAUCGCCGGGUUGAAUGUGCAGAGCAGCUUCGGCCUGGCCUCGAAUGCCUCGAAGGACUUCCUCUCGUACCCCAUGGACGGAAUUCUGGGAUUAGCCCCAUCCAGUAAAAGCAACUCAGCCGUACCAACGUUCAUGGACGACGUGGCCAGCGACAAGGUCCUCAAGUCGAACAUCGUCAGCUUCAGCCUCUCUCGCGCCUCAGACGGCGGAAAGGAUGGCGAAGUCACCUUCGGCGGUGUCGACGACAGUAAAUUCUCCGGGAAGAUCUCAUACACAAACACCCAAGGACGAAGCGGGCUAUGGAGCAUUCCCCUCGACGAUGCCAGCGUUGACAGCAACGCAUGCCAUUUCUCCGGUCGAUCCGCCAUCAUUGACACAGGCACGUCGUAUAUCCUGCUACCUCCGGACGACGCAAAGACGCUGCACGCGCUCAUCCCCGGUUCCUCCCAGUCCAGCGGCAGCAGCUACUACGUCGUGCCCUGCGACUCAACCGCAAUAGUCCAGUUGACCUUUUCCGGAGUGACAUACUCUAUCUCUCCAAAGGACUAUAUCGGCUCCCGCUCCGGCUCCAAUUGUCUCUCCACGAUCAUUCCACAGAAAACCUUCGAAGACACUGAUUGGCUCGUCGGUGACGUCUUCCUUAAGAACGUCUACACCGUGUUCGAUUAUGAUGCGAAUAGAAUCGGUUUUGCUCCUCGUGAAAACUCGACUUCGAGCAGUAACCACACCACAUCCACUUCGACAUCGACAUCCACGGCCACCGCAUCUGCAUCGGACACUUCUUCUGGAACUGGAACUGGAACCUCGGGUUCAAAGACAGCCGUAUCAACCGCAGCGGACGCUACGGGAAGCGUAGAAGCGUCCUCGCAAAAGUCCCAGGGAAGUACCUUAGUGAUGGUUCAGGCUCCGGGCUGGGUUGUAAUUGCCGUGAUGUCAAUCUUGUUGAUAUUUUAGUUCUGACUGGCGCGUUUUUGUGUUGUUUGGAUCAUCCCCUGGAUAAUUUCCAUCUGGAAUCAUUUGCGUAAUGCUACGUUCGCUACUUCAGACGUCAGACUUUCAACAUACAUACAUUUUCCACUCGUUCAGGAUAGAUAGAUAGGUUUUAAAGGAGU